AUAAGAAGUAAAUUGUUUUCCCGGCAAUGUCAAUUGUUACUUGUCAAAGAAAAUUCCUAAUUAAAGGCCAAGGAUUCAAAUAUGGACUGGAUAGCUUUGUUAAAAUCGGAACUCGAUAUAGAACUUAAGUUAGACGAGGAAGUUGUAAACGAGCUCAUGGCAGAAGGUCAUAUUGGGAACACUUCUGUAGGUUCCUUGCACAUUGACCAGAAGGCGAAGUGUGGCCGUGUCCUGAUAUCGACUGCUGGAAGUUGCAGCGUAGAGUGCAGUAUCUGCUUUGGCCGUUUCGAUUGUACAGAAUCAUUUAGCCAACAUUUAAAGAUUGCCCAUUCGGACUAUGGUGUACGGAACGGUGGCUGGGGUAAAGUAACCAUCGCAGAGGAGUCAAUUGGCAAAACUGAAGAAAUUGGAGCUGAAGCCGGGGACGUCAACAAGCAGGGCACAUCCGAUUUGCAUCAUGACAGCCAGGAAGGUGUUUCGACCGAAGUUGAAUUAAAAGAUGAACUUGAAGUUGGGGACUACAGAGUCCAAGAUCCAGUUACUAACACAUUUAGUGAUUCAAUUGCAACACUUCCUACAGCAUGCGAUGCGGCAAAUGUGGAGAUUGUGGACGACGACGACGACAGUAGCAGCGAUUACGAUGGUGAACAAGCAAAAACAAAUCAAACGGAUUCAGCCGAUUCAGAUAGCUUUUCCGACAAUAGUUCGCAGACAAGUGACGACAAUCGGAAAAAGAGUUACAGAGGGAAACUUCGAAAGACGAAGAAGAACGACAACAGUCGAAGCCGUGGCAAUUUUGUCUAUUCGGAAAACCCUAAUUUAGAUUUCGCGAAAAACUUCUGUGUUACAUGUAACCGUCAAUUUUCGUCUAAGAGGAACCUGAAGUACCAUGAAGAUCAACAUUAUGCGAAGAUUGCUGAAAAGAUGAGCACCGAAGACGAUCCAACAAGCAUUAAGUGCCGAUUUUGUCAUAAGCAAUUUGAGGAAUCAACAGAACGUUACGAGCACGAGAAGAGCCAUGCUGGAGAAAAAAAACCAUAUAAAUGCCGGGUAUGUCAGAAGGCUUUCAUGAUUAGGUUGAGAUGCAAAAUUCACGAAUUGGUUCAUCGGGAAGGGGGAUGGAAACCGAGGGAACAAGAUAGAUUAGUGUUUUCUGAAAAUCCCCAAUUCGAUGAUGAGAAUCUUUUCUGCAUAACAUGCAAUCGCGGAUAUCCAACUAUUGGGAGCCUUAGAAGUCACAAAAGAAGACAUAGAAAAAAGGUUCAGGAAAAACUGGGCAAAGUAAUAUUUGAUUGUGAAUUUUGCGAUAAGCAAUUUAGAUCUGAAUACGAUUUACGACGUCACAUUAUACCGCAUCAUGGAGAUUACAUUCCAAGUUAUCUGGUCGACGAUCCAACGUACCUUCAAUGUCGCUAUUGUCAUAUGGAAUUUGGAAGACCAACAAAACGUCUUCGACAUGAGAAAAUUCAUAAAAAACAAGGAGAUAAAAUUGCAAGGCCUCUGCUAGUCAAUUCGCUGGGCCCUAAGUUUGCACAAUUCCAAAAAUCAAAAAAUCAAUCUUGUGAACAAGCGGAUCAUGGCCCUAAUAAUCGCGCUCAGAACUCUUAUAUGCGCUUAGUCCCCUGUGAUUGUACAAAGACGCAUUGAUUAUUACCUGGGGAACUCACGCUUUGACACCUGGAAACGGAUGCGGAAAGUGGGAGGAAUCAUACGGCAGUUGCUUGACGUUAUGACCUCAUAUUUACGGUUUAGGAAUUACCAGUUGAGGUUAAUGGUUGGUAGCAGAAUUUCAAUAAAAAGAUGUAUAUAAA